AUGAAUCGAUUAAUAUCUAUCUAUCUAUCUAUCUAUCUAUCUAUCUAUCUAUCUAUCUAUCUAUCUAUCUAUCGCCGCCUGCUUUCUAUGUCCGUAGCUAUCUAUUUAUCCGUCUAUAAAUCGAUGUUUUUAUUUAUUUUUUAUAUGUAUAUGUGUCUUUUUUCUUUCAAUUUCUUUACCUUCUUUCUUUCUUUCAAUCAUAACCACUUCAUCUAUCUAUCUAUCUAUCUAUCUAUCUAUCUAUCUAUCUAUCUAUCUAUCUAUCUAUCUACCACAUAUUUCAUUUAUUUAUAUAUCUCUUUAGUUAUUACCUUUAUUUUUGUUUGUAGCCUUCUAUCUAUCUAUCUAUCUAUCUAUCUAUCUAUUUAUCUAUCUAUGUUCAUACCUCACAUUAUUCAAUAUUACCAACAUGAGGGUAUUCAUAUCCCUUGCUAUCUAUCUAUCUAUAAUAUUUAUAUCCGUUGCUAUCUAUCUAUCUAUCUAUCUAUCUAUCUAUCUAUCUAUCUAUCUAUCUAUCAACAUUAUUCGCUUCAUUUCACUUCCAUUCAGACUUUAUCUCCAGACAAAGCGAAACUUGAACCGAACCUACGGUCGGAUGCUCGUUUACGCCAGACAGUUAAUUUAUUUUCUUUUUUUUGGUAUAGAUUAAAUAUUAACUCCUAUUCUUUCUUUCUUUCUUUCUUUCUUUCUUUCUUUCUUUCUUUCUUUCUCUUUUUUUUCUUUUGUUUGGCAUCAUCUAAAACAUUUUUUAUAUUACAUAAACGAACGACUGUUUUUCAGUUGAAUCUUUCGGGGGAAUCUGGUUAUCUUUUAAAUCUCUUAAUGCCGUUCGGAAUCCUGGCUUUACGUUAA